AGCCUGUAUGUCAGUUCGUGCUAUUUGUAAUUUUUCACGUGGUUAUUCUAACCUAGUUAAUAAUUAUUUUAAAAAUACUUAGUAGUAUUGUAUAAUUAUUAAUAGUUAAGUAUGAAUUAUAAAGAUGAUUUUGACAUUUUUGUGGGUGGCAAAUCAGGAGUAUUCAAAGGAAUUAAAAUUGGACAGAAGGAAUGUGUGCAGAAAAAUUUAAAAAGUUUUAUAUCAAUUGGUUAUAAUGAUGAGAUUACAACAGCGAAUUGGGGUGAUGACGAAGAACGAGAUAUACUCAUAGCUUAUGGUACAAAAGAAACAAGAAGUGUUAGCAUUUAUGAUACCGAAAACAUGUCAUUUAAAAGCACAUUUGUUUGCGAUGUUGGCAAAGGAAGUAUAAAUAGCAUAUCAAAUUAUAAUGGGUCAAUUUUGACUGCAAUUCAUUCUGGCGAAAUAAAAAUAUGGAAUUUUAACAAUCAAGACAAAGUAAUAUUAAAUGCCGGUGAUAAUUUACAUAGAAUGCGUCAUUCUAAUAUAAAUAAGAAUAUAAUAGCAACCGGUGGCAAAGAAAAUGGAUUAAAAUUGUUUGAUUUGGAGAAAAAAAAACAAAUUUUUCAUGAAAAGAAUAUACCGCAUGAUUUCUUAAACCUGAGAGUACCUAUUUGGAUUUCAGACAUUGCUUUUCUUCACGACUCGCAUAGAGUAGUCACUGUUAGCAGAUUUGGACAUAUACGUUUGUAUGAUCCUGACGCGCAAAGGAGACCAGUUUUUAAUUUAGAAAUAAAAGAUGAACCCCUGACCGCUGUGACUGUACCUUAUAAAGAAAUGCAAGUCAUGGUAGGGUCAGGUAAAGGAAUGAUGAAACUUAUUGAUUUACGUAAACCUGGAAAGAUACUUCAUACGUAUAAGGGCCUGGUUGGUAGCAUAACUGGAUUAGCUUCUAGUAAAGCUGGACCAUACGUAGUUAGCACUUCUAUGGACAGAUAUUUGAGAGUGCAUCAUAUUGACACAAGACAAAUGCUUAAAAAGGUUUAUCUGACUUCAAAAUUAACAUGUUUAGUAUUGAGAUCAACAUUUUCUCCAGAAACACAGAUCGACAAUUCUGAUAAAGUUCAAAAUAAUAAUGGCAUUAAUAACAAUGACAACGAAGUUAUCUAUUUAGAUAAUAAAUCAGAGGAUUUAAAUGGCGAUGCAGAAUACGAUGCAUUAUUUAAUAAAAUGGAAGUUAUUACAUCUAAACAGAAUAAAACAACAAAUUUGUGUUACAAAGGAAAGAAACGUUCUAAAAGUGCUUCUUCCAUAAAUCACCCAGAGGAGUCCAAAACGUCUAGGAUAUUGGAAUCUUCAAGUACUAUUAUAAAUAGUAAAAAAUUAAAGAAAAGAAUAAAAAGUUGAUAUCCACAGUAAUAAAUAACAAAUUGUAUAUAAUCGUCAAAAGUUAUUGAAACUAAAUGCACUUUCAUACAUCAUAAAUACGUUUCCUCAUUUUUCGUAAAUGUUAAUUUACAAGGAUUGGAAAUUUAGAUAAGAAUAAAAGUAAACGAUAUAAAUAUUAUAUAUAUAUCAUAGUAUAUUCUAUCGCUGAGCACUUUUUGCAUUUUAUAAGUUACAUGUGUGUGAGAGAGCCAAGGAUCAUGCGCUAAUCACUUUGCUCAGGUUACAUAAUAUUUUAAGAUGCAAUCACGGUAACUAACUACAACACAAGGUUCUUUUUUUGUGGUGUAUCAUACAAUUCAUUAUUAAUAUCUCAAUAAAUUAUAUUUUGGUUUUUUUUGCAAUGCAAGUACUGCCACGUCCAAAAUCUUCAUUUUCAUUUAUUUUUAAUGUUUUUCUUACCGAAUUAGAUCUAAUUUCUUUUCUUUUCAUUUUUCCAUAAUAUAAAUUUGUUGCUUCUCGCUUGUCCAAGUAAAAUAUUACAGCGAAUUUUAAAAAAUUAUGA